ACUCUUUGCCUCACACCUCAUUUCGCCUUCACUUCCUCCAAAAAAAAAAAAAGAAAUAAAAAAAAAAAGAAAGAAACAAGUUGAAUUUUCUUUCUUGCUAGUUCUCCUUUACAUUGGAUGAGCUAAGUUGCAAGUUCAACAAGAAAUUGAAAGAACCACCCUUUUUUUGAUCCACCUCACAUCAAUAAUCCGGCCCAUGCCAUUUAUAAGUAGAUACCUAAAUAACAAGUAUAGGUCGUUGCGUAACAAUCUAUCUUUCAGCACGUACGUACAGAUUCUUUCACGACUUGGAGUGUUAACUUGUCUACUAAAAAAUUUCUUUACUCAAGAUUUCAGCGUCACAAUUCCAUUUUUAUCUAAAUUGCGGAUUGUUGAUAUGGAGAAUCAGUAUUAUGCACCGCCAAAUGUGGAUGCAUCUAGGCCAUCACUAGGAUUUCCACUUGGAACUGCUGUUCUGUUGGUUGUUAUAUUUAGCUUGAGUGGCAUAUUUUCUUGCUGUUACCAUUGGGAUAAGCUUCGCUCUCUCCGCCGCUCUUUUGCUGAUCUUGAAGCUGGCAUGGAUCCUACUUCUUUGAAAUCUAAGCAAAAUCACAUGAAUUGGAAGCAAAGCCAAAGCACAAUUUUGCCAGCAGUUUUAAUGCCAGGUGAUGAUGUUCCAAAAUUCAUAGCAAUGCCAUGUCCAUGUCAGUUUCCUAAACCGGAAAAGGUUGUUGAAGAGUCGCAGAAAUUACCGCCACCGCUACCUUCGCCUCCUAAGCCGCCACGCACGGUGGCAGCAGUACCUUUCUACUAGUUAAAAAAAAAAAGAGGAAAAAAAAGGUUUUCGAUUUAGGACUUGGAAUCACCAAAGAUGUGGUGCAGUGGAAUGAGACUGCUCUUCUCUUAAACAACAGUCGUGUUCGAAUCUUGGGUAAAUUUUUUUUUGGUAGGGAGGGCUUCUCCGAAAGGGCUCUAAGCGACGCGAAUUUGAAUUUAAUCGGGUUUCAAUACGAAUAUGAGACAUUGGGAAAAAAAAUUUAAGGACUUGGCCAAUUGGUGUAUAGUGUUUCUUUUUAAUCCAAAAGAUAACAUCUUAUAUUAAUUUAAUUAAGUUCUAUCAAUUGGUGUAUAGUGUUAGUGUAUAGAGUUGUAGUUCAAUUGAAUAAUGUACCAAUCUUUUUACUUGUGAAUACUAAUGAAAGUUGAACAAUUCCUUGA